AUGAAUGACACAGCUGCCCCGUAUUACGAGCCUCACCUCUCGGUACUCCAUUUUUUAGAGCUUCCCAUUGGAGAGCAACUGGCAAAUAUGAAGAUUGAAGACGGUGACGUGAAGGAAAAGUCUAAAGAACCAGUUGCCGAGACUCACGAGGAGGCGCCUGCGGAACAGGCGAAGACAGAGCUUCCCAUUGGAGAGCAACUGGCAAAGAUGAAGAUUGAAGACGGUGACGCGAAGGAUUCGGAAAAGCCCAAGGAACCAGUUGCCGAGCCUCACGAGGAGGCGCCUGCGGAACAGGCGAAGACAGGUCCAGAAAAGGAGGUGGCUGUCGAAGAAAAGAAAGAAGUAGAGUCCAGUGAGCCGAAACCAGCAGAGACUAUGGAGGCGGAGGAGAAAGAGAAAGAAGCAGAAGAUCAGCCUGCCAACUGA